GUAAGUGGCUGGCAUUUCCUUGGCCAGAACUUGCGUUUGUAGACGGGAUCUUCAGCACGGAUCCUGCCUGCCAUGUUCACGUCAUACAUGGCGCAUCACCUGCAAGCUACUUACUUACCCUUCCUUCCCCGUUCCUUUUUUCCCACCGCUCCUAGUUCAAUUCUCUCGUCGCAUUGCAACAACACCUCGCCGACACGCAGUUAUCCCGCUACCAUCACACCCUCUAAUACACCAUGGCUCGCAGGUGUGGUUACAACAGAUAUAAUCAAUAUGUCUGCUACAAAACUUCCGCAUGGAAUACAUGGGCCCGCUGGGUCGUCCUAGGUGUUAUUGUGCUCGCCUUUCUCAUGCUCUUUUUCAUUUGCAGCUGCUUGACCGCGCGCAAGCGUCGCAAGGCCGGUCACCAGCCAUACUACGGCACCGGUUGGGCCGCCCGUCCUCCUGCGUACGGCGAGACACAGGGCACGCAACCCUACUACAAUAACAACAACAACACGCAAGGCAACGCUGCUCCUCCGUACUCGGCCACCACCUCAAACCAAGGCUACUACGGCAACCAGCCGCAGAGCAAUGUCGAGCUUCAGCAACCGCAACAGACAUACGGCGGCGCAGGACAGAACAUGUAUGCACCUCCUCCGGGUCCGCCACCAGGCAAGACCUACAACGGAGUUUGAGAAGUCGAUGAUACGAGUUCAUCACAUCGGGACGCAUUGAGGUAGCGAACCUGACAUAUGAAUGAGUGAUACGAUUGCAAUUGGCGUUGGACAUGUGGCGCUUUGGUGAUUAUUGUUGAGAUUGUAAGCGUGGAAUCAAGCCCUAUGAUGGUGCUACGGACGAAAUGCUUUGAGCUCCCAGUGAUUAUGGGUCGCGUAUGGAUACCUCUUCUGUUUAAUGUCUGUACUUAAUAAGUCUUCUCUUCCGAGUAGUCUAUGAUAGCUGUAUCAUGAAAAUACGAUACCUCUAUGAGCACUAUUACUCCCACCGCACCUAUCUCGUGUUGGAUUCAAAUGUUUAUGUGGCGACUGGU